ACAGCGACAGAUUCUUUUUUUUUUUCAAUAAACAAGCGAGCGAAACAAGUAAUUUGUCAAUUGUCAUUUAAGCUUUAGCGUUUACACUUUACACGCUAUUUCUUAUUUUUUUUAAACGGUAGAAGAUAAUGACGUUUCAACCUCCUGCAACUCGUCAAGAUCAAAGCCGUAAAGUCCUAGAAGAAGUUCAACUGCAAAAGAAAAUAUUGUUGAAACAAGGUGCAGCUGUCACUCUGAAUCCUGCUCCAGUUUCAACUGCUAUACCUAGUACAUCUGAUUCACUUAACCCAGCAAUACGCCAUGCAUUAACUCAAGCCCAAACUUCUUCGUUUGGAUAUUUUGUGGCACAAGAUUCAUCUUUUGGAAACUUUAUCUUGCCAGUGAUUCCCAGACUUGAACCAUCAAAAUAAAUAGAAUGGCAAAAUUAAUGAAAAGAAAAGAGUUGGAGCAGCAUCUUCAAGAACUAGAUGGAUUUUCAAAGCCAAAAAUCCUUCUUGAGCAAUAUGAAACAAGAGCUCACAUUGCUGCUUGCAUGCUGCACACCAUUGAAAGUGCCUAUGGAGAUCUGUAUCAGAAAACUGUGCUUGAUUUGGGGUGUGGGUGCAGUGUUUUAGGAAUUGGAUCAGUGUUAUUGGGAGCCUUGUAUGUUUUAGGAGUGGAUAUUGAUGAAGAAGCAUUGCAAAUUUCAACAUCUAACAUAAGUCAAUUCGAACUAAGUGAAAUCAAUUUACUUCAAGCAGAUGUGAAGCUUUUACCUCAAAUGUUGGAAGGGACCAAAAAAUUUGACACAGUCAUUAUGAAUCCCCCUUUUGGAACCAAGCAUAACAAGGGAUUAGAUUCAUUAUUUUUAGAGAUUGGACUUCAAUGCCUCAACGAAAAAGGCGUAUUGUAUUCUCUACACAAGUCUUCGACACGAGACUAUUUUCAUCGAAAAGCCCCUGGCUGGAAAGUGGACGCCCGUGUUUUGGCCGAGCUCCGUUACGAUUUACCAGCAACAUAUAAAUUUCACAACAAAUCAUCAGUAGACAUAGAAGUGGAUUUUUGGAGGUUUGAAAAGAAAAAUUAAUUUGUAUUUCAAUCAAUCGAGAGAAGGAAAUAAAAUAAAAGAUAGGCAAUCA